AUGAUGGGCGCCCAAGACAUCGAGAAUUUCACUAUUGGGUGUGCUUCUCAGUGUUACAGCACCGAAGCUGUACUGGACGGAUAUUGUUCCGGCAUUGGUUGCUGCCAAACACCGGUGCCAAAGAGUUUGAAGUACUACAAUAGCAGGGUGUAUAGUUUUAAAAAUCACACAGGCAUCGUAUCAUUCAAUCCCUGUAGCUAUGCAUUUCUCGGCGAGCAGGAGAGGUUCACCUUCCGUGGCGUGGAAGAUUUUUUGGAUACCAAUUUCACGAAGAGGAUCCGGAAAACUGUCCCCAUUGUUCUAGAUUGGGCAAUCAGUAAUAGAACUUGCCACGAAGCUCAAUUUUCCUCGGACUAUGCUUGUAGAAGUAAUAGUUCGUGUGUUGAUGCAGACAAUGGUCUUGGAGGUUAUCGUUGCAGCUGUAUCAAAGGCUUCCGAGGAAAUCCUUAUCUCAGUCCUGGCUGCGAAGACAUUGAUGAGUGCGCAGAUCCAAACAGCAACAACUGUGAAAAGAUUUGCAUUAAUACACCUGGAGGUUUUAACUGUUCUUGUCCACACGGCUACUAUGGAGAUGGCUUUAAGGAGGGACGUGGUUGCAUUGCUAAUAACUCCAAAUUUCCUGUAAUCAAGUAUUCCUUAGAAGAAAAGAUCGACGGCGUGUUGCACCAAACACUGGUGGUUGUUUCUUGUUGUAAGGUAUGA